GCGAACCCAGCCUGAGAGAAAAGAUCGUGGAUUCAGGGAGGAAGAGCCGCCAAGAUGAAGGUGAAGAUGCUGAGCCGGAAUCCGGACAACUAUGUCCGGGAAACCAAGUUGGACUUACAGAGAGUUCCAAGAAACUAUGAUCCUACCUUGCAUCCUUUUGAGGUCCCACGAGAAUAUGUAAGAGCUUUAAAUGCUACCAAACUGGAACGGGUAUUUGCAAAACCAUUCCUCGCUUCCCUGGAUGGUCACCGAGAUGGAGUCAAUUGCUUGGCAAAGCAUCCAAAGAGCCUAGCUACUGUCCUUUCUGGGGCAUGUGACGGAGAGGUUGGUGAUGACAAAACAGUGAAGCAGUGGAAAAUGGAUGCACCAGCAUAUGGAGAAGAGGAAGAGCCAUUGCAUACAAUAUUAGGAAAGACAGUGUAUACUGGAAUUGAUCAUCACUGGAAAGAAGCUGUUUUUGCCACAUGUGGACAGCAAGUGGAUAUUUGGGAUGAGCAAAGAACCAGUCCUAUAUGUUCAAUGACCUGGGGAUUUGACAGUAUAAGUAGUGUUAAAUUUAACCCAAUUGAGACAUUUCUUUUGGGAAGCUGUGCCUCUGACAGGAAUAUAGUACUAUAUGAUAUGAGGCAAUCUACCCCUCUGAAAAAGAAUUGA